GACAACUUCCCCGCUCGAUUAUUUUGUGUGAAGAAAAUAGUUGACAUCUACUACCUUAAUUAAGUGAUUCAACUUAUGACUAGACUUCUUGGUUAACAUAUGAGAAGCCGAUUUUGCCGAAAGAAAAGAACUAGCAAAGGUCUACGGUAUAAACCAAAUUAUGCCUCCGUCCGAAGUAGAAUCGCUUUCAACUUAUGAAUAUCCAACAGAAACCAAAGAGAGAUUGAAAUAUGCGGAGUUGGAAGCGCUCGAUAUCUCUAAACUAAAUCAACCAGGGGGUAAGGAGGAGCUGGCAGAGCAGGUGUUACGGUUUAUUAACAAAAAUGGUUUCUUCUAUGUUAUCGGUCAUGGAUUCUCAGAUGAGGACGUCAGGCAACAGUAUGCAUUAUGCGAGGCAUUCUUCGAUCUACCACUGGAGGAAAAGACCAAGUAUCUAUGCGACACGGCAAAGGGAGAUUUCAGGGGAUAUAAGCCGCAGUCUACAGGAAAGCUCGCCACUCGGGAUAACGAUGAGCGCUACAAUAUUCCCAAAUUCACACCAGAACACAAGCGGCCGCAUCCGCAGCUCAUUAGAGAACACUGGGAGGAAAUACGGGCUUUCUCACUGAAAGUUCACAACGACGUUCUACUUCCCCUCCUACGCUUAUUUGCCUAUGUUCUCGAAAUCGACGAGGAUUAUCUUAUUGAACGCCACCGCUACGAAGCUGAAGGCUUAGAGUAUCUGCGGUACAUGAAGUACCACCCCCGCUCGGCGGAAGCGGACGCCCAAAUCGGCAACAUCUGGGCGAAGGGGCACACAGACUACAACACGCUAACAUUCCUCUUCCACCAGCCAAUCGCAGGGUUACAAGUGCAGACCCCGGAGGGGGAAUGGAAGUACGUUAGGUCACCAAGGGACGCAAUUAUCGUAAAUAUUGCGGACGCGCUAGAAUUUCUAAGUGGCGGCUACUUAAAGAGCACCGUCCAUCGAGUAGUGCGACCCCCUGAGGACCAAGCAGACCGGCCUAGGCUGAGCUUAAUUUACUUCGCUCGACCCGAGGCCAACAUCCUCCUAAAGCCCGUCGUAAGCCCAUUGCUACAGCGACUUGGUCUACAGUCAGAAGCAGAGCAUUUCUCACACGAUGUUACUGCUGAAGAAUGGGCAAGGGCACGAAUCGCAAAAGACCACAGAUUCCGUACCGGGUUAGUUGAUCAACGAGAGAAGGAGAUCAUCGCCGGUGUCAGUCAAAAGUACUACGACUAAGGGCGUGA